AAAAUGCAAAAUGACAUAUAGCAAAUGUCGGAGCAUUAUUCAUUCACGUUUUUGGAUCAAAUUUGAAUAUAAUCGCACCACUGGAGCUCCAAUGUAACGAUGUCGUGCUAGGACUGGUGCGUGAAGGCGGAUUUUUAAUCUUUAAAUUUAUGAAAUACCACAUUUACAGAGGAAAAAUAUUGACUACACCAACGACAUGGGGCUGUGCUACAGUUUGCGUCCCCGGCUCUUCGGGGACUUGAGCGGGUCUAUUUCGAACGCUACCUCGGACUCGGAUCAGUCUCCAGACCCAGCUGUACCCUGCCGAGCCGGGGGACCUCGUCAAGAGGACACAGGGGGAUAUGGCGAUACCUCGUCGCUCCGAGGCGGUAGCAGCCAAGUACGCCAUGGGGACUCAGUCAAGCUCCCGCCCAGGGAGCCCCGCGGUAGAGACAACACGGGCACGGAUGGAGUGCUCAUACAGAACGGGGGUGGAGGCGGAGUAGGCAAGGGAACGGGCAAGGACCGCAGUCGACGAUUACAGCUGCUGCAGAAAACAACCAGCACCCAAAAACAGAAAAACUGGGACAAACUGUUGGUGGAGGAGAAGGAGGCCGAGAGGGAAGCGAAGAAAGUCAGUAAGAAUAUUGACAGGGCGCUAAAGGAGCUCAAACGGGAGUACAAACAGACUCAUCGGCUGCUAUUACUGGGUGCUGGAGAGUCCGGGAAAAGUACUAUUGUGAAGCAGAUGAGGAUUCUACACGUCAAUGGUUUUAAUGCAGAAGAAAAGAAACAGAAAAUACAAGAUAUUCGGAAAAACGUGAAGGAUGCCAUCGUGACUAUAGUGUCAGCGAUGAGCACCUUGAUACCCCCGGUCACUCUAGCCAACCCUGAAGACCAGUUCAGAAUCGAGUACAUCAAAAGCAUAGCUCCUCUCUCGGACGUUGACUACACACAGGAGUUCUUUGAUCAUGCGAAGAAGCUGUGGGAUGACGAGGGAGUUAAGGCGUGCUUCGAGAGGUCCAACGAGUACCAGCUCAUCGACUGUGCACAAUAGCCAGACGGGAGCUUGUGUGCGCGCUCAGUACGGGUGUGGAGGGAGCGGUCAGAACACAAUGGAGUGAAUGAGAAGAGGAGGGUAAAGGACAUUUAGGGAGAAGAACUGUGUGAUGCUUGGAUUGGUUUCUUUUUUGUUGUACCCAGCAAAUGCACAUGUACAAAUGGAACACUAGAGUCAAAGCAAAUAAACGUUGUCUUGAAGACAAAAUGUCACUUGUCCGUUCGGGAAGCCACAAAGCACAUUCCCAUCAAAUAGUUUUACAGUAUUUGAAUGUGAUCUCUGGUCCAUUCAAGGACUCGAUUACUCAUUCCCAUCGCAAGCUUA